AUGAGCGAUAGUGACGCAUUGUUGAUACCUUCUCAACCUCAGACGAGUAACCCCACGAAUCCGCAAGGUGAACAGAGUUCAGGGGAAACCGAACAACUGUUACCAAAACAAGAGGUCAACACAUAUGGGUAUUUGGCGGGCUUUGCGACUGUCAUCAAUUACAUCAUUGGAACGGGUGUAUUUGGGUUGCCAUUUGCUUAUUUUACCGCUGGUAUACCACUUUCUGCCAUUGCCAUUAUGAUAUUCUUCUUCAUUAACGUCAUCACUAUGAACUAUAUCUUGGAUACAACAGCAAGGUCUGAGGGUAAAACAGAAGUGAAGGAAAACAAGGGAGAAAAUGUAUUUAAAAUUUUACCACAUAAUGAGAUCAAAUAUCGCCUUUUUGACUAUUCCACACUCAGCGGGUUGUGGGGAGGAAACAUUUUCAAAUGGGCUUCCUUCACAUGUUUAACUUUGUACACAUAUGGUGGGCUUUGGGCAUACGCUGCAACAGCAACAACAACCAUCUCUACACUCUUCUGGAUGUUUUAUGGGGAACCAGAGCAUUGUUUGACGCGGAAUGGCAUCUGGGAGUGUCAACUGUCGUAUUAUAUGUCACUGCUGCUCUAUGCUGCUAUUAUGGCUUCAAAUGAUAUUAACGUUCUAUCGAUUC